CGACGUCAUCGCCGCUCUUCCAGCAAGCCCGCAGCAUCCAAGUCUCAGCAGCUCAGCUCGAGCUUGGCUUGGUUCGAUGGCGGCGCAAGAGUCGCAUAGGCCGGAGAGGAUGACUCAGCCGGUCAACACGCUCGACGUCCCUGCUAUCAAGGGGGGAUCAUCCCUGCCCCCUCGGACGAGCUCGACAGGCGAGCAGACCAUCAAUGUUGAUUACGUGCUCGUGUACGACUAUGCGAGCAAGCCGAAAUCAGCUCGUGACGAUGUUGCAGCCAACUAUCGGUUUGUCGUGUCGAAACUCAAAGAAGCUGGCUUGCACGUAACGAGUCGAUUGGGUGCACCCAAAUCUGACCAGAUCCUCAUCUUCGUACGAUGUCCGGACGAGCUGAUGCUCAAAGAGCUCAAGCAAGAGCGACUCGAUGAUUGGCUGCACGGUAUAUCGAGUACCAAGCAACCCGAUCCCAAAUCGGAGCGGGAUUUCAUCUCUGAUCCCGUCUCAGAGGGCGAGCGACUUCGACAUGUCUACACCCUCAUCACGGGCUACGAUGACGAAUCGGUCAAUUCAUCUCAAGCCACGCGCUCGAAUCGCAAGGCAGGUAUCACGCCCGGUACCGGUCAUUACACUCGUGUCAAAGCCAUCUUUCCGCCUCACAAUCCCAAAUUCAACAAGGACUGGCUACAACGCUGGACCUCUUGGUCUCAUGUGGUCAGCAUACCCGCCGAAGAGCUCGACAGAGUCAAGGAUCACUUUGGUGAAGAUAUUGCGCUUUAUUUUGAGUUCCUGCGCUACUACUUCACCAGACUCGUCGUGCCGUCCGCCCUUGGAACGGCGGUCUAUCUUGCCAAAUGGGAGUACCAUCCUGUCUAUUCCAUCGUACUCAUACUCUGGGCCAUUAUCUUUGUCGAAGGCUGGACGAUGCGAGAAAAAGUCUUGUCCGUACGCUGGCAGACCCAUGCGCUUUCGACCAAAGGAGGCAGACGGCGAGCACAGUUCAAGCCUGCUACUCUGCGCACCUCGCCUGUGACCGGUCUUCAGGAGCCCUUCUUUCCCUGGUACAAUAGAGAGGGAAGGAUCCUUGCAACCGUGCCUGCCUUGGCAGUCUUUUCUGCUCUGCUAUCUGGCUUGAUCUGUAUCAUCUACACUGCCGAGGUCCUCAUCAACGAGGUUUACGAUGGACCCGGCAAGAAGGCGUUCAGCUUGAUACCCACCAUCGCAUUCGCUGGACUGGUACCCCAAGUCGUCGCGCUCUGGACCAAGGUCGCUGGAAGGUUGACAAACUGGGAGAAUCACGAGCACGAGAAUCAUCACUACCAGUCUCUGACGCUCAAGACUUUUGCACUCAAUGCGCUGGUCUCUUUCGGCGCCUUGACCUUCACAGGCUACAUCUAUGUUCCUUUUGGGCGACUCGUCAUCCCACAAGCUCUCAGUUUGCUCGCAAACAAGGGCUUGAUCGAUGCCAACCAUGCUGCUUCGCCUAAAUUUGACAUCAACAGUAACAAGCUACGCAAUACGCUUAUCGCUUUGACGACGACGUCACAGGCCGUCGGAGCCUUCACAGAGAUUGGUCUGCCGAUGUUGCUCAGACUGCUCUCAAGCAAGACGGAGCUUUACAGAAGCACCAACCCCAAGUCGAGUCCGUCUGAUGAUCCAGAAGAGCAUGCUUUCCUCGAGCGUAUCCGUCAUGAAGCUGCUCUGCCCGAUUAUAGCUUGUUCGUCGAGUACGCAGAGAUGGUAGUACAAUUUGGUUACACCGUCCUUUUCUCUGUCGUCUGGCCUAUCGCACCUGUGACAGCGUUCGUCAACAACUUCUUCGAACUAAGAUCAGAUACCUUCAAGCUGUGCUCCAACUCUCGCAGACCGGUGCCCACGCGAACAGAUACUAUCGGACCCUGGCUCCGCGCGCUGUCUGUUCUCGUCUGGCUUGGCGCAAUGACGAAUGCUUCUCUCAUCUACAUGUACGCCCCUGGCGCAUCUCAUCGACCUGGCUUCCUCUCCGGCCCACCGGUCGAGACCAUCAUUUCCGCCGCAGAGAACAUCACAGGCACGGCUCUGACGCACAAAUCGAUCCAUGGCAAUUUUGCGACGACUCAUGUCCACUAUGCAGCUACAGCUCCAGAUCCCCUGUCUGCACUCAAGUCGACGCUCUUCUCGGCCUUACUCGUUGCACUUGCUUGCGAGCAUCUCUUCUUGUUCGUCAAGGAGAUCAUCCGACACGUCGUCACCCGCAUAUUGUGGUUCAGCAGUAAAGAAGAGGCAGCGCUCCAACGGGCUGAUUAUGUUCUUAAGAAGACUUAUCUCGAGACACUCGAUCUCAACCCUAAAGAGAUCGACCGAAGCCAGCUCGAGGAAAGCGGCGCCAAGUUGAGCAGCGCCCACGCAGGCACCUUUUGGUCCAAACACGAUCCUGCUGUCGAUAUCAUCAAUAGCGCGAGCAAGACAGACUAGACUCGCAGGGUCAAGCUCAAUCUCUUGUUCCAAGCGCCACUUUUGAUGAUCUUGUUGUACAACAUUCCAGCCAUGCGCAGUACGAAUUCAAUUGAGCGUCGCCCACGUUUGGCGGGGAGGUUUACGAUCAGUGAUGCACAUUUUGACUUCAGCCA